AUGGAGCAAAACACGCUCAAAAGGAGAGGUGUUGGUCUCACCGGCGUUGACAAACAACGCUCCUUUGGCGGCUACACUCUGUUCUGUCCCCUGACCAGCGACACUGCCCAUCUGGUUGACAUCGAUGGAAACGAAGUUCAUUCAUGGAAGCUACCCGGUAGAAUCGGUCGCCAUGCCAGGAUUCUCCCCAACGGAAAUCUUGCCGUCAACACACUCCGACCUGCCCUAAAGAAAACAACCAGCGAUGGAGGCCCAUUUCCUUUCCCCUUCUUCAACAAGUACGGUGGUGGCAUCAUGAGCGAGCUGGAUCCUGACGGCAAAGUUGUCCGUCAGUUCACUGAUCCACUGGGUCAUCAUGAUCAAUACCACUAUGGUGAUGGUCGUAUCCUGUAUACCAGCCUUGAGGCUCUCUCCCGUGAAGAGUCAGCCAAGGUGGUUGGUGGAGUACCUGGGACAGAGAUUGACGGUAUUACUUACGCGGACACCAUCAAUGAGGUUGAUGAAAAGGGAAACCUACUCUGGCACUGGAAAGUAUCUGAGCGGUUACCUCGAGAUGAGUUUCCUCUUCAGCCUCACUACACUCGCGAGCACUAUCCUCUGAUCAACUCGGUACUCCCCAUGCGAGAUGGAAAGCACAUCCUCGCAUCUAUGCGGUCCGUCUCUGCUGUUGUCAUCAUAGAGAGAUCCACAGGAAACAUCGUCUGGAAACUCGGACCAGAAGUCCUUGCACAGCAACACAACGCUACUGAGCUGGAGAACGGCAACAUCCUCAUCUUUGACAACGGCGCCUUUCGCAACGGCGAGUCAAUCACCUACACCCGUGCCAUUGAGGUGGACAGGACAACAAAGGAGAUUGUCUGGGAGUAUCGGGAUCGUUCACAGAUGCUCUACUUCUUUACUCCCUUCAUGGGCAGCGCUCAGAGGCUCGCCAACGGGAACACUUUGCUGUGCGAGAGUGGCUUUGGACGAGUAUUUGAAGUCACCAAGGAUGGAUAUAUCUGCUGGGAGUACGUCAACCCGCACUUUUCCCCAUAUCCUGAUGAAGUGACUGCAAAAAUAUUUCCGGGAGAGUCAAAUGCUCUGUUUCGCGCGUACCGUUACUCGGAGGAGGAGAUUCCCUGGCUUAGGAAGAAGCUGGCAAGCUCAAAGGGGGCAGAGAAGGCGGCGGCAUCGGGAGUGCUAGGUAGUGUUUGCAGGCAGCAGUAG